ACAAAAAACAGCAAAUGGUUGAUUCAGGCUGGAUAGGAUGGAGAAAAGUUUCUACUGAACUUUUUCUCACAUCUGCUAGAAAACUGUUUUGAGCGACUCUCUGGUACCUCUUUUUCCAGAUUCAGGAAGUACAAGGGAGUUGUCCUGCAAGAAAAAAGAGAGAGCAUGGAAGAGGCGCUGCUGCCAGAAAAUGAUAAGGAGACAGGAUCAACAAAGGUGGCAACUUGGAAGAUUUAUGUGGAAGAGUUGAAAAGGGUAAAUGGCAUAGCACUUCCGAUGAUGGUAGCAGCUGUGGGACAAUAUCUCUUGAGAGUUUCUCCAAUCUUUAUGUUAGGCCACCUUGGCCAACUCCAACUCUCUGGUGCCUCCAUUGCCACAUCUUUUUCCAAUGUUACUGGUUUCAGUGUUCUUGGAGAAAUCCAACUGGACUCAAUUGAAGAACCGACAGGAUUGAAUCACCAUCGGACUAUAUGGGUGCACUGUACAUCCGUAUAGAUUUGGAGAAGCCACAUAUACUGGUAAAGCGAUGGAAGGCAAGGUUUGAACCCUUGACCUCCCACCCUGCCAAGAAAUUGGCUCUUCUUGACUCUGCACUGUUUAUGUAGAAUGGCCAAUGCGGACUAGGGUCUCUAACACCAGAUCCAAUCAUACAUAAAUUAUUAGGUGGUGCAGAACCUGUACCACUAAGUUAUCACAAGUUUGGGAUGUCAGGUGCACUGGAGACCUUGUGUGGUCAGGCUUUCGGAGCAGAACAAUACCAGAGACUUGGAACCUAUACUUAUGGGGCCAUCAUAUGUCUCUUCAUAGUUUGUAUACCAAUAUCCCUUCUGUGGAUGUUCACUGACAAGCUGUUAAUACUCACUGGCCAAGAUCCUGCAAUUGCAACUGAGGCUGGCAAAUACUUGAUCUGGCUCAUACCUACACUAUUCCCUUAUGCCAUUCUCCAGUCACUUGUUCGCUUUCUCCAGACUCAGAGUUUAGUCUUUCCAAUGCUGCUUAGUACAGUUGCAUCGGUAUCCUUACAGCUACCUCUUUGUUGGGUUCUUGUAUUCAAGUUGAAGCUAGGGAAUGCUGGAGCAGCUUUGUCAAUUGGUAUAUCAUAUUGGUUAAACGCCAUCUUACUUGUGCUGUAUGUGAAGUAUUCUUCUUCCUGUAGAAAGACUCGUGUUCCUUUCUCAAUGGAUGCUCUUCAAACAAUGGGGGGAUUCUUCCGUUUUGCCAUCCCUUCCACUGUAAUGACUUGUUUGGAGUGGUGGGCAUAUGAGCUAGUUGUGUUGCUGUCUGGCCUGUCACCAAAUCUUAAGCUAGAGACCUCUGUGCUAUCUAUAUGCUUAACCAUUACUUCUCUGCACUACCUCAUAGCAUACUCUUUUGGUGUUGCUGCAAGCGGUAGCAAGAUGAAGUGGAUGGCAGCACUUAGGAGCUUAUGGAAAUCUUGGGGCAUAUUAUCUGGUUGGAAUUCCUGUGGCUUUAAUAUUGGGAUUUGCACUGCAUUUAAGAGGAAUGGGUCUGUGGAGUGGACUGGUCGCUGGAGCCACGGUGAAAGUCUUCUCUUGUCCAUCAUCACAGGCCUGACAAACUGGGAAAAGCAGGUAAUUGAAGCUAGAAGCAGAAUAUAUGAAGGGGAAGAAGAAAGGGCCACUCCAGUGUGAGUCAAUUGGAUGGAAAAACUAGCAAUUGCAGGGCACAAAUGAGCUUUUUCAUGUGCUUCAACUGCACGAGGUGUAACGUUAUGUCGAGAAAGUUUAAUUGCACGAGGUGUAAGAGACUCAAAGAUAU